GUGUCGUCACUUCCUGCUGUCAGCUCGUACACUUCCGGAAGAAGCGGAUGACAACAGUAGAAAUCUAAAGCCCAGAAGCAAUUUUUCAAAUAAGAAAGCUGAUAUUUCGACCUGAGUCGUUGGACGACCAACGGGCUAAACUGUCGACAUGUUUUCCUUCCACGUAUUCGACCACCCGAUGUCCCGGGGCUUUCAGAACCGCUUCUCCACGCAGUACCGCUGCUACUCGGUGUCCAUGCUGGCAGGUCCCAACGACCGCUCCGACGUGGAGAAAGGAGGCAAAAUAAUAAUGCCACCAUCAGCUCUCGACCAGCUCAGCAGGCUUAACAUCACUUAUCCAAUGUUGUUCAAGCUGACCAACAAGAACUCAGACAGAAUGACACACUGUGGUGUGCUGGAGUUUGUGGCAGAUGAGGGAAUCUGCUACCUGCCACACUGGAUGAUGCAGAAUCUCCUGUUGGAGGAAGGUGGUUUGGUUCAAGUGGAAAGUGUUAACCUUAUGGUGGCCACUUACUCAAAGUUCCAGCCACAGAGCCCCGACUUCCUGGACAUCACAAACCCCAAGGCAGUACUGGAGAACGCAUUGAGAAACUUUGCCUGCUUGACAACUGGAGAUGUCAUAGCUAUCAACUACAAUGAAAAGAUAUAUGAGCUACGAGUAAUGGAGACCAAGCCAGAUAAAGCAGUAUCCAUCAUUGAGUGCGAUAUGAACGUGGAUUUUGAUGCACCUUUGGGUUACAAAGAGCCUGAACGACGACCUCAGCACCAGGAAGAACCAACAGAGGAAGAAGCAGAUCCCAGCAGUUACGCUGACAUGGACACAGGAUUCAGAGCUUUUACCGGCUCUGGCAAUCGUUUGGAUGGUAAAACAAAAGGGAUUGAGCCCAGCCCUGCCCCUCUUGGCCCAAGUGACAUCAAAAGAGGCAUUCCCAACUAUGAAUUCAAAGUUGGCAGGAUCACCUUCAUCAGGAACUCGAGGCCUCAGCCCAGGAAGUUUGUUGACGAUGAUGACGCAUUGAACAGAUUCAUCGCCUUCUCUGGAGAAGGACAGUCACUACGCAAGAAGGGCAGAAAGCCUUGAAGGAUUACAAGUGGAGUGACUGGCUAAUGUGCACAGACUCACCAUAUCUAUUGUCACCUUCAACAGCAAAGUAAAAACAAACUGGCCUUCGGAUGCAUUUUGGUUUUGUUUCUCUGUCUCUUCAAACUGGGAGUUUUGCUGUUGAGUUGAGAUGAUAUGUAAAUAAAAUUCUCACAGUAACAUUUUGCUCAACAGAAGCUGGGCUGCAGAAAAUGCUGACGGUUGUAAUUUGGUAAUCACAUGUUACAGCGUGACUGAUUAUAGCCAGGCAUCAUAAAUUCACCACAAUGCCAACACAAAGAAUAGUUUGUGAAGUAUUGUUAUAUCAGAUUUGAAUUGACUUUGAGUUAUAGCACCCCCACCCCCCCCUUCAAUAAUUGUUGCAUUUUUACAAUUCACGUCAGGUAUAGUAUCAUCCAGAGUCCCAUUCUUACGACAGAAUUGGAGCAAUAACAGCUCUAUACUUUUGUUUUUAAUUACAAAUAAUUUUAUUUGUUUUUUUCCUGAGUUAUAGGAAUAAUUUGCAAGUGGUUUUUCCUUUUCUGGUGUAUUUAUAGACAAAUAAAGGACUGUUUUGAAAUUAA